GAGAGAGUGCCCAGGGUGAAUCAAUGGAAACCCCCUCACGAAGCCGGGAAAACACUUCAGCCGCAGCCAAAUAGCAUUGAUUAUUUUCCUUCACUUCCCUCACCGCCGCGAAUUUAUUUAUUUAUUUUUUCCAUCUCGUCCCCGACGCCCCGGAGCGAGCGCUGGAGGGAGGGAGGAGGAGGGGAAAAUAAGGAAUCAACACAUCGGAGAAGUCCCUUCCAAGAGCCGCCCCCUCCCCUCCCCGACUCGCGCUGCUCGGCGGCCGCGGUUCGACUCCCGUCCCUGCUUCCAGCGGAGGUGGUACUGGCUGUCAAGCUGAAAUGAACCCCCAGCACUGCUCCGUCUAUCAUGGCCACUCUUAGCUCGUCUACUCACUCUGGCACCGCGCCAUCCCCUGGGCACAAUGUCCUGUCUCCACCUCUGGACACCUCCUCCUCCCACACCCCCUCUGAUCCUAUCACCAAAGAUCCCCCUGUCGCUCCCUCUCCCUCUGAGAGCAUGAGGCCCUCAGAGCCAGGGGGGCAACCCCUGGAGUCAGGCUGUGGCCUCAUCCCACCAAAGGAGAUGGGGGAGCCCCAACAGGAGCCUGGCUGUGGUCUCGUCCCACCAAAGGAUCUGGGGGUGAAAGAAGAAAAGGAAAAAGAGGAAGAUGGAGAAGAGCCCCCUCCCAUGGACCUAAACAACCACUUAUUCUUCACAGCUGGCGGUGAGGCCUACCUAGUGGCUAAGCUGUCCCUGCCAGGCAGCCGUGAACUGUUACCAAAGGGCUUUCCCUGGGGUGAGGCAGGCUUCAAGGAAGAGCCCAGCCUGACCUUCCUUGCCCACCCACCCCCAACACACCUCAUUGCCCUUCACAUUCAACAUGGCUUUGACCCAAUCCAAGGCUUUAGCUCUUCUGACCAAAUUGUGUCCCAUGAUACCUCAGCGCCACCUUCGGCCACCUGUGAGGGAAGGGAUGGAGCUUUCUGUAGCUACCAGCUGGCUCCAAACCUACCCAGAGAUCCCAAAGAUGGCCUCACAGGGAGCAAGGGGGGAGACCACAGGGCACUCUUCUGGCUCUGCCUUCUGUGCCGCCUGGGUUUCAGCAGGCCUCUGGCCUUCAUAGCCCAUACAGAGUCUCAUGGGGUAAAGCUAACUCCUGUUCAACAACAGGGCCUACCAGGCAGUUCAGCUGUGCUCCAGGAGGGAGACAAGGGCUGCAUGGCCCUCAUAAGCUUUCUGGAACCAAAAUCCCCUGUCUGCCCUUCUUUUGAGAUACCCCUCAACAAUAGCAGCACAAUGAACAAGGAGCUAAGUGUAGCCCAGACUAAGGAUAGACCCCCUGAAGCAGAAGUCCAGGCCCAUGUCCUGCCCUCUGAAGAAGUCCUGGCCCUCAGCCCACCCUCUCCACCCACAACCCCAGUCACCUGGGACCCCAGCCCAACCCAAGCCAAAGAAUUGCCAAUGGCAGCAGGUGAGGCAGGGCCAGACUGGUUCCCAGAGGGGCAAGAAGAGGAUGGAGGGCUCUGCCCCCAACUCAACCAAAGCUCACCCACCUCCAAGGAGGGGCCCAUUCUCCCUUCCCCAGUGGGUUCUCCUGAGGACCCCAAUGAACCACCACAACACUACCGCCUGGCUGAUGACUAUACACCAGCCCCUGCAGCCUUCCAGGGCCUCAGCCUCUCCAGCCACAUGUCUCUAUUACACUCACGAAACUCCUGCAAGACACUCAAGUGUCCCAAGUGCAAUUGGCACUAUAAGUACCAGCAGACCCUGGACGUGCACAUGCGGGAAAAGCACCCCGAGAGUAAUAGCCACUGCAGCUACUGCAGUGCUGGUGGGGCUCACCCCCGCCUAGCCCGUGGAGAGAGCUACAACUGUGGCUAUAAACCCUACCGCUGUGAUGUCUGCAAUUACUCCACCACCACCAAGGGCAACCUCAGCAUCCACAUGCAGUCUGACAAGCACCUAGCCAACCUGCAGGGUUUCCAGGCAGGGCCUGGUGGGCAAAGCAGUCCCCCAGAGGUAUCACUUCCGCCCUCUGCAGGGGACAAAGAACCCAAAACCAAAUCAUCCUGGCAGUGCAAGGUGUGCAGUUAUGAGACAAACAUCUCCCGCAACCUUCGCAUCCACAUGACUUCCGAGAAGCACAUGCAGAAUGUCCUGAUGCUACACCAGGGGCUGCCACUGGGUCUGCCACCCGGGCUGGUGGGGCCAGCCCCUCCUCCCCCACCAGGCGCCGCCCCUGCCAACCCUCCUGAGCUCUUCCAGUACUUUGGGCCCCAGGCCCUGGGCCAGCCUCAGACUCCUUUGCCUGGCCCUGGACUGAGACCAGAUAAGUCCCUGGAUGCCCAGCUGCUUCUCAAUGGUUUCCACCAUCUUGGAGCACCUACUCGAAAGUUCCCUGCACCCGCCCCUGGCAGCCUGUCUCCAGAUGCCCACCUGCCUCCAAGUCAGCUCCUGGGCUCCUCUCCUGAUGGCCUACCCACAUCACCACCCCCAGAAGACAACCCAUCUCUGAAGGUGUUCCGCUGUCUGGUGUGCCAGGCCUUUAGCACUGACAGCCUGGAGUUGUUGCUCUACCACUGCAGUGUGGGCCGCAGCCUUCCAGAAGCUGAAUGGAAGGAAGUCUCCGGUGACACCCACCGCUGCAAACUCUGCUGCUACAGUACCCAGCUCAAGGCCAACUUCCAGCUUCACCUCAAGACAGACAAACAUGCCCAGAAGUACCAGCUGGUGGCCCACCUGCGGGAGGGGGGUGGGGUUGUAGGCACCCCAUCCCCAGUGGCCCUGGGAGAUGGAGCUCCUUAUGGGGCCAUCUCUCCCCUGCAUCUACGCUGCAACAUCUGUGACUUUGAGUCCAAUAGCAAGGAGAAGAUGCAAUUGCACGUCCGAGGUGCAGCCCAUGAAGAAAACAGCCAGAUCUAUAAGUUUCUGCUGGAGAUGGAAGGAGCUGAAGCCGGGUCUGAGCUGGGGCUCUACCACUGCCUGCUGUGUGCAUGGGAGACCCCCUCCCGCUUGGCUGUGUUGCAACAUCUGCGUGCGCCUGCUCACCGUGAUGCUCAGGCCCAGAGGCGUCUGCAGCUGCUCCAGAACGGCCCAGCAGCCGAGGAAGGACUCUCAGCUCUCCAGAACAUCCUCAGCUUCAGUCAUGGGCAGCUGCAGUCUCCGGGAAAGGCUUCUGGCCCCCCCGUAUCUGAGCCACCCAACCCUGAGAAAGAUGCCCAGACCAAGACAGAACAAUUGGCUUCUGAAGAGGCAGAGAACAAGACUGGCCCUUCGGGAGACAGUGCCAACCAGACUACGGUAUACUGCUGUCCAUACUGCAGCUUCAUGAACCCAGAGUCCAACCAGGUGAGAGCUCAUACAAUCUCCCAGCAUGCAGUGCAGCCCAAGUACAGAUGUCCUCUAUGCCAGGAGCAGCUAGUGGGCCGGCCUGCCCUGCACUUCCACCUUAGCCACCUUCACAACGUGGUACCUGAGUGUGUGGAGAAGCUGCUGCUUGUGGCCACCACUGUAGAGAUGACCUUUUUGACCAAAGUGCUGCCUGGGUCCAGUUUAAGCCCUAUGGAGGAAGGUCCAGAGCCCCCUAAUCCUGGGCCAGAACCUGCACCUAGAAAUAACCAGGCAUCAGAAGGCCCUAACUUGAUGCCAGAAGCCAGUCCAGAUCCUCUUCCUGGGCCUCCCCCACCCGCAGCUGAAACCCCAGAGAAGCCCAUGGGAAGCCCUGACCAACCCCCUUCUCCAGCUCCAUCACCAAUCUCCCGGCCUGAUGUCCAAGCUGAAGAAAUGGCUGCUCCAACCACCAUGGCUGAGGAAGAAGAGGGGACUGUUGGGGAUACUCGCCCUGCAGAGCCAGUUCCCCCUGACUCUCGUCAUCCUCUGACCUAUAGGAAGACCACCAACUUCGCCCUGGACAAAUUUCUCGACCCUGCCCGGCCAUAUAAGUGCACUGUGUGUAAGGAGUCUUUCACACAGAAGAAUAUCCUCUUGGUUCAUUAUAAUUCUGUCUCCCACCUUCAUAAGAUGAAGAAGGCUGCCAUUGACCCCUCUGUCUCUGCCCGGGGAGAGGCUGGUGCCCCACCUACCACCACUGUUGCCACAGACAAGCCCUUUAAGUGCACAGUCUGCCGAGUCUCCUAUAACCAGAGUUCCACACUGGAGAUUCACAUGAGGUCGGUUCUACAUCAGACUCGCUCUAGAGGGGCCAAGACUGACACCAAGACUGAGGGUCCAGAGAAAGGCCAAGAAGAGCCCAAGGAAGGCGAGACUGAGGGGGAGGUGGGCACUGAAAAGAAGGUCCCUGACUCUGGAGGUUUUAUAUCUGGAUUGCCCUUCUUGUCCCCUCCACCUCCUCCAAUGGACCUCCACCGAUUCCCAGCCCCACUCUUUACCCCACCAGUCCUUCCCCCCUUCCCUCUGGUCCCUGAAUCACUGCUUAAGCUCCAGCAGCAACAGCUAUUCCUGCCCUUCUACCUCCAUGACCUCAAGGUGGCACCCAAGCUAGCACUGGCUGGGCCUGCACCUAUGCUAUCCCUGCCAGCUGCCACCCCUCCACCCCCACCCCCACCCUCCAAGGCUGAGCCUGCAGAGCAGGAGUGGGAGCGGCCCCCUAUGACUGAAGAGGGGAAUGAGAUAGGGCCUUCCUCACCAUCCCACCCAACACCCAAUGAGGCAGCCCGCACCGCAGCCAAAGCUCUUCUGGAAAACUUUGGCUUUGAGCUGGUGAUCCAAUACAAUGAAGGAAAGCAGGCUGUGCCCCCUCCCCCAGCUCCACCUCCUCCAGAGGCCCUGGGGGGUGGGGACAAGCUGGCCUGCGGGGCCUGUGGGAAACUCUUCUCCAAUAUGCUCAUCCUCAAGACCCACGAGGAACAUGUCCACCGCCGCUUUCUGCCCUUUGAGGCCUUGAGUCGUUAUGCAGCUCAGUUUCGAAAGAGUUAUGAUAGUCUAUACCCACCUCCUACUGAGCCCCCCAAGCCUCCUGAUGGGACUCUUGAUUCAUCUACUCCCCAGCUGGGUCCAUCCUUCUUGGUCCCAGAACCUGAAGCAGGGGGAACUUGCCCCCCUGAGGAGCGAAGCCGAGCAGGAGGUCGCUGGCCCCCAGAGGAGGAAGAAACCUCCAGAGGAAAUUUCCCUCCCCUGGUGCCUGCAGGCCGACGAUUCUCCAGAACCAAGUUCACAGAGUUCCAGACCCAAGCCUUGCAGUCUUUCUUUGAGACCAGUGCUUACCCCAAGGAUGGAGAAGUGGAGCGGCUUGCAAGUCUCUUGGGCCUAGCUAGCCGUGUGGUGGUAGUUUGGUUCCAGAAUGCCCGCCAGAAAGCACGGAAAAACGCUAGUGAGGGUGGGCCUAUGCCAACUGGAGGAGGAACUGGGGGGACCUCUGGUUGUAGGCGCUGCCAUACGACCUUCUCCUGUGUUUUUGAGUUAGUGCGACACCUCAAGAAAUGCUAUGAUGAUCAGCCCCCUGAAGAGGAGGAAGAAGAGGCAGAGAGAGGGGAGGAGGAGGAAGAAGAGGUAGUAGAAGAGGAAGAAGCAGAAGAGGAACAAGGCCUUGAACCCUCAGCAGGGCCCGAGGGUCUGUCACCAGAGCCUCCAGACAGUGAGGAGCUGAGCCAAGCUGAGGCAACCAAGCCAGAAGACAGAGAGCCUGAAGGGAAGGCUCCGGCCUCUCCCUCCCCAGCUCCAGCCCAUACCUGUGACCAGUGCAGCAUGUCCUUCCCCAGUCAGGACCUCCUGACCAGUCACCGAAGACUACAUUUCCUGCCACCUGUACAGCCCAGUGCUCCCCCACACCUGAUGGACCUGCCCUUACUUGUGUUUGGGGAGCGUAAUCCUCUGGUGCCAGGCACUCCAUCAGUGCCAGGGCCACCCCUCAAACGAAAGCAUGAAGACGGCAGCCUGUCUCCAACGGGCAGUGAAGUGGGAGGCGGAGGGGAGGGCGAGCCACCCAGGGACAAGCGUCUCCGCACAACCAUCCUGCCUGAGCAGCUGGAAAUCCUAUACCGUUGGUACAUGCAGGACUCCAACCCAACACGCAAGAUGCUUGACUGCAUCUCAGAGGAGGUGGGGCUCAAAAAGCGAGUGGUACAGGUCUGGUUCCAGAACACCAGGGCCCGGGAGAGAAAAGGCCAGUUUCGAAGCACCCCUGGGGGGCUUCCCAGUCCUGCAAUCAAACCCCCUGUCACAUCCACUCCAGCACCAUUCCCCAAAUUCAAUCUCUUGUUGGGCAAAGUAGAUGAUGGGGUUGGGAAGGAGACUCCAAAGAGGGAAGUACCUGCUUUUCCAUACCCCCCAGUCACUGCUGCUGGGCCCCUGCCUUUCCUACCACCAGGGAAAGAAGCCACCACUCCAACACCAGAGCCACCUCUACCUCUUCCACCUCCUCCUCCACCCAGUGAAGAUGAAGGCCCAGAGGAACUGUCUAAAGCUUCUCCAGAGAGUGAGGCUUGCAGUCCCUCUGCAGGGGACCUAAGCGAUUCAUCAGCUUCUAGCCUGGCUGAACCAGAGUCUCCUUUGGCUGGAGGGACCAAUGGAGGAGCAGGAGGUGGGACUGGGGUUCCUGAUGGAAUGGGGCAACGGCGCUACAGGACCCAAAUGAGCAGCUUGCAGUUGAAGAUCAUGAAGGCCUGCUAUGAAGCCUACCGCACCCCCACCAUGCAGGAAUGUGAAGUGCUGGGCGAGGAGAUUGGGCUGCCCAAGAGAGUCAUCCAGGUCUGGUUCCAGAAUGCUCGUGCCAAGGAGAAGAAGGCCAAACUGCAGGGGGCAGCAGCUGGGGGUCCUGGGAGCAGCACUGAGGGCCCUUUGGGAGCCCAGCGCACUGACUGCCCCUACUGUGAUGUCAAAUACGAUUUCUAUGUCUCCUGCCGAGGCCAUCUCUUUUCCCGCCAGCACCUGGCCAAGCUCAAGGAGGCAGUCCGGGCACAGCUAAAGAGUGAAAACAAGUGCUAUGACUUAGCCCCGGCACCUGAGGCGCCCUCAGCAACGAAGGCCCCACCAACCACCACACCUACUUCUGUACCCCUUGGAGCUGCCCCAACCUUGCCUCGCCUGGCCCCCGUCCUCUUGUCUGGCUCAGCUUUGACCCAGCCCCCACUGGGCAGCUUAGCUCCUUUCAAUUCAGGCCCUGCAGCCUCCUCAGGCCUCCUUGGCCUCGCCCCUUCAGUCCUGCCUGCUACCACAGUGGUCCAGAAUGCUGGCCCAGGCCGCUCCUUACCUCAAAGACCUGUGCCUGAGCAAACCAACACCUCCACAGCAGGCACCACUGACCCUGUCCCAGGCCUGCCAACGGAACCCUCAGGGGACAAGGUCUCUGGUGAGCGAAAGCCAGUCACAACUCCCACCAAUUCCUCCACUGACGCCCUCAAGAACCUCAAAGCAUUGAAAGCUACUGUCCCAGCUCUGCUGGGGGGCCAGUUCCUGCCCUUCCCACUUCCUCCUGCAGGGGGAGCAGCACCGCCAGCUGUCUUUGGCCCCCAGCUGCAGGGGGCUUACUUCCAACAGCUCUACGGUAUGAAGAAGGGGCUAUUUCCCAUGAACCCCGUGAUACCUCAGACCCUCAUUGGGCUACUCCCCAAUGCCCUCCUCCAGCCACCACCCCAGGCCCCUGAGCCCACAGCCACAGCUCCUCCAAAGCCACCUGAACUGCCCGCUCCAGGGGAGGGGGAGGCCGGUGAGACCGACGAGCUGCUGAUAGGCAGCGCUGGCAUCUCCACCGUGGACGUGACCCACCGCUACCUGUGCCGCCAGUGCAAGAUGGCAUUUGAUGGGGAGGCACCCGCCAUUGCCCACCAAAGAUCCUUCUGCUUCUUUGGACGGGGGCCAGGGGGUUCUAUACCCCCGCCGCUGCGGGUGCCCGUCUGUACCUACCACUGCCUGGCGUGUGAGGUGCUGCUGAGUGGGCGUGAAGCCCUGGCCUCCCACCUGCGCUCCUCGGCUCACAGGCGCAAGGCAGCCCCAGCCCCAGGGGGCCCUCCCACCAUCACUGUCACCAACGCUGCCACUGCUGCCACAGCUGCUGUGGCUUUUGCCAAAGAGGAAGCAAGAUUACCUCACACGGACUCCAACCCAAAAACUACUACUACCUCUACACUUCUAGCUUUAUAAACAGAUAAACCAAGAUGGGGACAGAGUGGAGGGCUUCAGGGCUCCCUCUCUACCCAAAGGGUGUUUGGUGGGAGUUCAAAUCCCUCACCCCAACCCUUGGCUCCGCCCACCUCAUGGGAACCUUUCAAUUCCCACUCUCAGUGGGCUCAACGCACCCCACCUCCAGCAGAGUCCUGCCUCCUCCCCUGCCCCCACAGCCACUCUAAUCCAAAUCCUCCUUGCAGAUACACCCCUUGCCCCCAGGUCUUUUUAGACACACCCAUCUUGUCAUCCCAGUUAUUCAUACAUGUGUCCCCUGCCCACCACACAUCUAUUCCACCUUCCUUCAACCUUUCUCCACUGAAUUCCCAGCACUCCCAUAUCGCCUGUAAACACGGGUGUGAAUGCGCACACAUAUGUUAGCCCAUGCAGUUCUACUGACUGAGAAACACCAAAAGAGAGAAGGCAAAAGAAAACCCAAGACAAAGGGGCAAAGAAGAGACCAUGCCACUCCCCCCGCCCUUCCCCCUUGUCUAGAGCACCACACCGCUCACGAACUUUCCAAAUACCCAGUGACUCCCAAAGUUGGAGCCUGGGAUGGGCAGGGAGCCCACCAAACUAACCAAACUUGAGGUUGGCAGGGGAAGCAGUGUACCCAGCUCACUCAACCCCUUCUCAAUGAGGAGACCCUGCGGCCUGGACUUUAAGGGAAGCCGCCGCCGUCAGGAAUCCCUCUGCCAACCCUACCCUGCACCCUGGGAACUGCAGUAACUUAUUCUCAAAGGCUUUAAACACAGAGAUCCUCUCAGCAGCCGUGGGCCCGCUUCUUGUCCCAGUUCUGCCAAGUGGAGGGCUUUCAGCCUCUGGGACCAGCACUGCCCACCAACGGCAAAUCCAAAGUUCUUAGAAAAAAAAAAAAAACAAAAACUGAAACACAUACAACCAAAAAAAUAAGCGCGAGAGCGCACCCCAUGCGCAAAAGAGCGAGAUGGAAAGACAGAUUGAGACCAGAGGAAUGAACUAAAGAAAAACAUAAACUUGGUACAAAAAUACAGAAAAAAAAAGAAAAACUCUUCCAACA